UACUUAUGUUGAGAACAAGAUUAUAAAGUUAAGACGUCCACCUAUAUGCUUAGCACGCAUGAAGAAAAAAUAACAAACAAGGCCUUGAUUUCUAAUGCAGUGUAAACGUCAGAUGAAAUCAUGAAAACGUCGUGGAAAACUAUAAGUAGAUGCUGUAGUCAUUAUACAUAUGGGGUGCCUCUCGCGUACGACGUCGACCACUUAUCUCACUUAUCUUAAGGUGCUUAAGCCUCCCAAAAUUCCCGUAUGACUCUAAAAUUUACGACUCGAGGAGAGAUUUAACGGACGCAGCGUUAUCUGUUUUAUCAGAAGAUAUUGUGAGUCAGUCGGCGUCUGUCGGUUGCUAAACAAUAGCGAGUUGUCGAAGAGCGCGAGUGGAGGCGCACUCAGCCGUCACAGAUCUAUAUUUAUGUCAAUCGUUUAACUCGGCCGUGUAUAAACAUCAGUGCAUGUUUACAACAUGGCUGUGGUGCCGCGGAUUUGUGGCCACGUGUGUUUAGAUCCGAUCAAUGAGCUCUAUCACGGUGACGCACGAUGCGCCACAUAUUUAUGAUCUCAAUUGUUGGAUGAGAAAAACAAUCCAAUGAGUUCCAUAGACGAGUUUGUGAAUUCUCCGGCAUGGCUUGUCAAGGUGUCGGGGGCGCAGCGCGGGCGCGAGCGGCAUGCGGCCCCGACGGCAGACGCCCAUGGAGGUCGGCUAGCGGCGCGCGCGCACCCCCCGCGCCCGCUGUCCAAGCCCCGCCCCACCGAAGCCAUGGAUCUCGCUGACGUGCCUCGACACCGACCCCUUGCCUUCGAUAAGAUGGAAAGCUUAAUAAAAGAAAUGCAAGAUCCAGAAUCGGGGGUACCUGUUCGGUGUCAAAAACUUUUUCUCAGCAUUAUACCUUCUGCUUUUAUGGGUUAUGAUCUUAUCGAGUGGUUAAUGGAUCGGUUUAAUCUAGAAGAGUCAAGUAAUGGUGAGUGUACGAUUACCGGUACAGGGCCAUGGCCGAUGACCCGUCGUCGCAUACCAGUAGAGAGUAGCUCUAAUAACGAGAAGCUCAAAUCUGUCCCAAUGUGGUUGAUAUUCGAAGCAAUAAAUUUAGGCAAUCUACUCUGCCAGUAUGGUUACUUCUUUCCUGUGAACGAUUUGAAAAACCUUAUAUUAAAGGAUGAUUCUUCUCUUUAUAGAUUUCAAAGUCCUUAUUAUUGGCCAUGGCAAGCGCCUCGCGUGGCCGGCAGCUCGAGUGCUCCGACGCUGGGGCCCGACAAUGUCGAGUACGCCAUCUAUCUGGUGAAGCGGACACUGCGCAACAAGCAGAGACAUGGCCUCGAAGAGUACGAGCAAGAAGCGCUUGCAAACCUCAAAAAGAACCUCGCAGCCAAAUGGGAUUUUAUUACAAUGCAAGCGGAGGAACAGGUCCGGUUAGCAAAGGAGAGGAAGAAAGGCGACAAGAUAGUGAGCGACAGCCAGGAGCGUGCAUACUGGCGCGUGGCUCGGCCGCCGCCCGGCGUCAACAGCGCUCUGGAGCCCUGCCCCGUGCCUGUGCGGGCCCGCCAUCUGCGCGGGAAGAAGCGCUCCAUGCACCAGGUCAUGCGAGAGAUUGAGCAACUAAAAGCGUGUCUGGACCGUACGAGAGUGAAGACUUCAAUUGCCCUUGAUGCCCUCGUGGCGUACUCGGAGACCUUCACUCCCUACGAUCCCUGGCUCACCCAGCCGCAGCCCUCCAACCCUUGGGUCAGCGACGACACCCUAUUCUGGCAACUUAACAGCCCUCUUGUGGAGGUGCCAAAUGAGAGGCGGGUGCAGCGCUGGGCGGUUUCCAUCGACGAGCUGGUGUCGGACCCCACGGGGCUGCAGGAGUUCACCAGCUUCCUGCGCAAGGAGUACUCGCACGAGAACAUCAGGUUCUGGCUGGCGGUCAUGGACCUGCGACGGAGCAGCACCAAGCAGAUUCCUAAGAAGCUUGAAGAUAUCUAUGAAGAGUUCCUAAAGCCGGGCGCGCCGUGCGAGAUCAACAUCGACGGCGCGACAGCCGAGCGCGUGACGGAGGGGCUGCGCAGCGGCUCGCGCUACGCUCUCGACCACGCCGCCGACCACGUGUACGGCCUGCUGCUCAAGAAGGACUGCUACCCGCGCUUCGUGCGCUCCGACCACUUCCAGCGCCUGCUCAACGACGGCCGCAAUGUCCACCACAAGAAGGCUAAGUUAGUUGGACUUGUUACAGACGAGGUCCAAAAAUUUUUCAACUUCGGCGGUCAAGUGAAGAAGAAGACGGCGUCGAGCGGCGCGGCGCUGUCUCGGCGUCGCGGCUCGGACCGCUCGCUGUCGGGCUCGGCGCACGAGCUGGCGGUCUGCGCAGCACAGCCGCCGCGCCCGCCAGACCAUGCGCCCAGCCACUCGCACUCGCAGUCCAACCUCUGCGACAUCAACGCCUUCCGAGAUCCCCUGGACGACGACACUGCCGACGUGCUGCCGUGGGAGUGUUCGUCGCGAGAGGUGGUGUACGGCGGCGCGCACCGGCGGCGGCAGGACUCCACCGCCGACUCGGGCAGCUCGUCCUCCGACGUGAGCGCCAGCGUGACGGGCGAGCGGCGCCGCCUGCCGCAGCAGAGCACGCUGGACGGCGGCCUGCGCGGCGCGCCGCCCCCGCUGCGCCGCCUGUCGGCCGUGGAGCCGCGCCACCUGGCGCCGCUCGCGUCCCCGCCGCACUCGCCGCGCCCGCCGCGCCCGCCGCCCGCGCCCGCGCCGCUCGCGCACGCGCCGCACCCCACGCCCACCAUCAGCGUCAGCUCCGCGCCCGACGACGACGAGCGCACCGCCUCGCCCGACGAGCCGCGCUCCGUGGCGCACUCCGACGAGCCCUCCUCCGUGUUCGCGUCCGCCGACGCCACGCCCACCGAGCCCGCGCGGCCCGUCUUCAAGAUCGCCGAGGAGUGCGCCCCCGCCGGCGACGCGCUGCAGCCGCCCCCAGACCCAGGUUGUGAUAGUUCGCGAGGGGAGGCGCCGCACGACGCGAGGAUCCGAUCCGUGUUGGAGUCGGGCGUCUGUGCACCUUCGGUGGAAUCCUACGAUGACUCGUCCGCUUCCGGCGCCGUGUCCGACUCGAGGGAUUCCGAUCGAACGAGAUCGUCCGAAGAUGACGUCGUGUCUGUACAACGAGUGCUGUCCCGGGAAUCUUCAACGAUUAAGGAAAACAGUCCGGCCUCAAGUAAAGAUACGAGUAGUAAAAUCGGCGAUCUUCCGAGGAAUGCGUCGGAGUGUGAGGACGCCGGCACGAGUGCUAGUGGCGAGAAGCCGCCGAGCGAGGUGCCGGCUCCCGAUCAGGCGGGCCCUGGUGCGGAACUGGCGCCGGUCCGACCUGCCUCCGACCCAGAGCCGGCGCCGUGCCGAGCUGGGUCCGGCCCGGAGCCGCCGUCGAGCCGGACCGGGUCCGGUCCGGAGCCGGCGCCGCGGCCGCCGGUGGCGCCGCUCGCCGUCUGCGAGGACAUCGGGGUCGACGACGAUAGCGUAGACAAAGUGCCUUCGGCGCCACUGCAAAGGGUCUCGGGAGAUUCCAGGGCGGCGUCUGACGACGCGACGAGAAAUAUUGCUCAUACAGACGAACUGACGUCGGUCUCACAAACCAAUAUUGUUAAGCGUGAUAAUAAAAGCGGCAUCGGUGAGCGUAAGCAGCGGAACGACAUAUGUCCAUGGGAGGACGAAAGUUCCUGCGAGAGUGAUGCUCCAUUUGUUAAAACUUACGCAACGCUCGGUUAUUUAUAAUUUUUGUAGGCGAAUAUCAACAAUAUUUUACGAUGUCAGGGUUAUAGAAAGAAAAUAAUAUUUAAUUUUUUAUCUUAGACCCUAUGUUUUAAUUAUCACAGACAGAGAUAGGCAUUAUUAUGUAAUUAUAUGAAUAUUUUAAAGUAAAUGAUCGUUAAUUAUUAGUAAAA